AUGUCGGACGAUCUCGAGGUAAGGGAAUUUCACCACCCUUAUACGCCAUACGAAAUACAGAAUGACUUCAUGCACGCCGUAUACAACUGCCUGGAAAGUGGCAAGGUUGGCAUCUUUGAAUCUCCCACUGGUACGGGAAAAUCACUUAGUUUGAUCUGUGGAUCAUUGACCUGGCUUCGCGAUCACAAGAGACGGACAUUUGAGGAGGGAUUUACGACCGAGCGUAAUGAUAACGAUGAACCUUCAUGGAUGGUUGCACACGCGCAAAAGCAGCAAAGGCACGAAGCACUCCGACGUAAGCAAGAUCUCAAUGACCGCAUUGCGAAAAUCAGGAUCAAAGAAAGGCGCGCCAGAGAGCGUUAUGAGCUAGAAGAGCAUCGGUACAAGAGACAUAAGACAGACGCCUACCCUAUCAAUGGUGACAAUGAUGAGGCACAGUUUGCGCUCGAUGAUUAUGAGAGCGAUCGUGAAUCGGAGAAACAAGCAAAUGGCCAAUCGUUCGACGACUCCGGCUUUUCAGCAGAAACGCAAGCAUUGAUGGCGAAGCUGGGAUUUACUGCGGGUCCAGUGAAAGAUGCUGAUGCCGAAGUACUGGAUGAGACCAAGAUCUUCUUUUGCUCGCGGACUCACUCUCAAUUGACCCAGUUUUCCAGUGAGCUCGGACGAGUAAAGAUGCCACCUGCUUUACUUGCCGAGAAUGUGGAUAACGAAAAUAGCGAUACCACAAACGAGGAUGUUAAACACUUGACCCUUGGUUCAAGAAAGAAUCUUUGCAUCAACAGCAAGGUCAAGGCAUUAGGUAAUGCUACAGCUAUCAACGAGCGAUGUGUCGAACUACAACAAAAAACGAGUGCGGAUUGCCGAUGCCAAUUCAUGCCAACAAAGGAAAGCGAAACUUUGUUGACUGAGUUCAGAGAUUAUGCGCUCGCAAGAAUACGCGACAUUGAGGAUUUAGGGUCGCUGGGUAAACAGCUAGGCAUUUGUCCCUAUUAUGCCUCGCGACCAGUAACUAAGUACUGUGAAAUGGUGACCUUGCCCUAUCCGCUUCUUCUGCAAAGGGCAGCACGGGAGGCGCUUGGUUUGUCGCUCAAGGGUCACGUGGUAAUCAUCGACGAAGCUCAUAACCUAAUGGAUGCUAUAUCGGGCAUUUACUCCGUUUCUGUAACUCUCGACCAAGUUCAACAAGCGCGUGCCCAACUGACUACAUACUUGCAAAAGUUUCGUAACAAGCUGAAGGGCAAGAACCGUAUGUAUGUUGCGCAGAUACUACGGGUUCUCGAUUCAAUCAUCACCUAUCUCCAGUCUGUUGGUCGAGAUGACAAAACAGCAGAUGGCCAAGCAGAUAUGGUCUCAAUCCUAUCGGGUAAAGGAGUUGACCAAAUCAAUAUUUACAAACUGAACACAUACCUGCAAGAGAGCAGGUUGGCGCGGAAAGUUGAUGGAUACACGGCUUUCAUCGAGCAGUCCAACAAGGACGGUGGAAAGGUGUCUGCCGAACGCAAGCCGCGACAACAGAUCCCAGUCCUUAUGCACGUUCAAACAUUUCUUCUGUCUUUGAUGAAUCCAUCUGCAGAAGGUCGCUUCUUUUGGUCGAAAGAAGAGAGUACAGGUACCACGCUACGAUACAUGCUCCUCGACCCUACAUAUCAUUUCAGGGAUAUCAUUGAAGAAGCCCGCGCUGUCGUUUUGGCUGGCGGCACAAUGUCUCCUAUGAGCGACUACGAAAACCAUCUGCUCCCGUAUCUUGACCAUUCGCAGAUCAUGACUUUGUCAUGUGGACAUGUUAUACCACCAUCAAACCUCUUCGCAGCUCCUGUCAUACAGGCUCCUAGUGGCGCCGCUUUCGACUUCACUUUCGAGAAUCGCAAUAAGGAGACGACAUUGGUUGACUUGGGUUACAGCAUCCUGGCCUUUGCGCAACAUAUUCCCGAUGGUGUGGUCAUCUUCUUUCCCAGUUACUCGUAUCUCCACACAUGUGUAACUGGCUGGAAACGCAUCUCUACCACGGAUUCUCAGCAGAAACUUUGGCAGAAGAUUGAGCAAGCCAAGCCAAUCUUCCUCGAGCAGCAGAGCCAACAAAGCCGAUCCACGCAGUCGCUGGUACCCAAGGACGCCGCUAUUGACUCGGUCUUGACCGCUUAUAGCGCAGCUGUAGCGUCUGGCAACGGUCGUGGUGCUCUGCUCUUCGCGGUCAUUGGAGGGUCACUUUCGGAAGGCAUCAACUUCAGCGACUCUCUUGGGCGCGGAGUGGUGGUAGUGGGCUUGCCAUUCCCAAAUCCACAUUCGGCAGAGUGGAAGGCGAAGAUGCAGUACAUCUCGGCAAAGGAGUCUGCGAGAGGAGGUGAUGGGAGAGUGGCUGCCCGCGAAUUCUAUGAGAAUGCAUGCAUGCGAGCCGUCAAUCAAUGUAUAGGCAGAGCGAUCCGGCACAAGGGCGACUAUGCGGCCAUCUUGAUGCUGGACAGACGAUAUGGGAGUAAACGCAUUCAAGACAAGUUACCGAAGUGGAUCCGAGGCAGCAUGGCCAGCGGUCUAGGUGCUAAGGAUAUUGGAGGAAAGCUCGACAACUUUUUCGCGGAGAAAAUCUAA